GAAAACAAAUCGGGAAGAAAAAUGUUUUGAUUUAGCAAAGGUCUAUCUAACGGAUGUUUCUAUGCUCCAACGCAGUCAUAGAGAUCAGAGAUUCAGGGUAACAAACAGAAUUUUAUCUCGAUUGACUCUGUUUUAAAGGUUCAUAGAAUAUGGAGAUACAAGUUCCAAACCGUAAGACCGUUUACCUUUUUAAUUGCGACAAUACUUUCAAGCUGGAUUCAGUAGAAGCACUCUUGGCUACAAUGAGAGGUAAACUUGAAUUCGAAAUAUCGAUCAAGCAGCAUUGCUUCAAACUUUCCGAGAUGUCCCAUCUGAGUGACAGUAUAGUACCCUCUCUGCAGAUGGAUUUUGCAAUUUUUGUCGUUCAUGCCAAUGAAUCUCGACUGUCUAUCAACGAAGACAACGCUGGCAUAGGCUACGCGAAGAUCUACAAAGCUUUGCUGAAAGCGACUGGCGAAAAAGUUAUGAUAAUUAUAGGUGGUGACGACAACUAUGUGGGGAAAGAAGAGGAAAAAAAAGCUGUUAUGUCACGUUGGGCUCGGAAAAAAGUUUCGUCACAAUUCGAGGAGGAAUACCUUGACGGACGCAAAAGUUUCGUUUUUUCAUGGCACAAAAGUCACCGAGAGGUUCACGAGAAGGCUCUUCUACACUUUUUUAAUCCAAGCAAGAGGGGAGAAAGGUUUGAUUACCAUCUGCCAGAAAUGAGUCCACCAGCCGUCACUACUAACGCAACAGCUGAGGAAAAGGAUCAGGGGCUAAAUCCCCAACCAGAGAUUACACCUUCGACGCCGUCCAACAGUCCAGAAAAUAUCUCACUGUAUCCAACAGAUGAAGUCGAGCAUGUAAAUGAAUUUGAAGCAUCGUACAACAAGGGCAUGGAGGAAGUAAUAAUUGUUGUGGGUCCUCGUGAUCAGAUUCCGGCAGGGAGGCUUUUUAAUUACCCUGAAGGUUCAGUGCUUCUAGAUACUCGACUUCGCUACGGAGAAGUCUCAGACGACGCGAAGGAUGUGGUGCAUAGAGAGAACGGAUGGCAGGUACCAGAAGGCUACAGGGACCAUCUGAGAAGUAUUCACGCAGCAGAAAACAACCUUAGAGUGAAGUUUGUAGUUCGCCAGAACCAACUAACCACGAUUAUAAUCCGAAACUGGUUUGGACCGCUUUUGCAGGGAUGUUGCACAAUACUCUGAGCCUCAAAAGCGGCUUUGUUUUCCAACAAAUUUUCAUAGGGGACCCUGUAGUAAUCAUAUAUAUUUGUUUUCGAGCCAAAACGUCGGCCACUCUGGUCAAAAAAAUAGAUAACCCAAACUGCGUUUUCGAUGCAUGGCAAAGUUCACUAAGUCCGGGGCUUGAAAGCUUUCGGAAACACUUAUUGUUAUAGGUUGUGUUUUCACUAGGACAAUUUUAGCUAAAUAAAGUCAGAAAAGUCCGAGUUAUA